AUGUCCACUCCAAAACUAAAAAAAGACCUCGAGCUAAUCCAACUCUCUCCAACGUCGUUUGUCAACCGCAACAACCUCCACGCAUUUCCCAACAACAUCGCCAACGGUAACUCCUUCGGUGGCUGUUUGAUAUACCAAUCAUUACUCGCCGCCUUCAAAACCCUUACUGAUCCUUCUCAAUAUCGAUGUGCUUCGUUGCAUUCCUCCUUCAUUGCCAAAGUAACCCACACCGCUCGAGUCACUUACAAAGUGGAAACCCUCAGAAAUGGCAACUCCAUUCAGCAUCGCCUAGUAAAAGCCAUUCAGAACGGGAAAGUCGUGUACAUCUCCACUUUAAUGUUUGUGAAACGAGUCGCUCCCAUCAAGUUUGGCAAGCAACCAACAAUUAACCAAUCGCCGAUUCCCAACCAUGGCACUAAGAUCAUCGCUAAUAAUCCGUUUGCAAAACGGCAACGAUUCGAUACCCACGCCAUCAAUGAAACUGAUUCCCAUGGCCCUUUGUUCCAAAGUGAUUCGCAUCAGGCGCUUGUCCUGAUAAAUUGUAUGGAUUUUUGUAAACCUCGGCAAUCAACCCCAGGGGAUCAUUUGUUCCCGGCAUCGGAACCCAUUGAUGGCCCCACGGCCACCAGUAGAAAUAGCUAUUUUUGGUCAAAGGUGAAGCGGCCAAAACCAUCUAGCGCGGUGAUGGAUAACACCAUGCCUGAGUACAUGGAUCAAUUGGUAUUAGGCUACACUUCUGACCAUUCAUUCAUUAGCACUGUGUCUCAAGUUUUGGGAUACGAUUUUGGGUCCGAAGCGUUCACAGUAAGUUUGGACCAUACGAUAUAUUUCCAGGACACCUGCCACAAACCAGAUAUAUUUGACUGGUGGUUUCUGGUGACGAAAGUUUUGAAAUCUGAGAAGGGAAGAAGCGUACUUUCUAUGUCAAUGUUCAAUCUGCACGGAGAAAUGAUGGCGAUCGUCAAUCAAGAAGCAUUUUGUGUGUUUGAUAAUAGAGAUAACAAGUUAAUUUUGCCCAAGGACACCACAAUGUUGACGAAAUUAUGA